UACCCUACUCGUCUGUAGUAUCUUCGUUUCUUUCGUACAGACUAAAGAAGACUCGAAUCAUCCAGCCUCAUCGCUCUCCCCCCACUCUCUCUCUGACUGAUACCGUUUCAUCAUGUAAAACACCAUCAAAUCUCAGAGGAAUCUGCUCUGCUCUGCGCGCUCGCAUAAACCCAAGAGUACAUCAAUGGCUCGUUUUGGGCUCUCCCUGUUUUCUCUGUUUUCUUUAGUCCACAUUGCUCUUCUUCCGAGCCUCUGUUUCUCGGCUGACCCCUACGUUUUCUAUGACCUGCAUGUCUCUUACAUCACUGCCUCCCCUCUUGGCGUUCCUCAACAGGUUAUAGCAGUAAAUGGGAAGUUUCCGGGUCCAGUAAUCAACUCUACGACUAAUAACAAUGUUGUUGUCAAUGUACGGAAUGAUUUGGAUGAAGACCUGCUAAUGACCUGGUCUGGAAUUCAAAUGCGGCGUAAUUCAUGGCAGGAUGGUCUUAUUGGCACAAAUUGUCCAAUUCACCCCAAAUGGAAUUGGACAUAUCAGUUUCAAGUCAAGGAUCAAAUUGGGAGCUUUUUCUACUUCCCGUCCCUCCUGUUUCAGAGAGCAUCUGGUGGUUUUGGUCCUUUCAUUAUCAAUAAUCGGGAUAUAAUUCAGAUUCCUUUUACUCAGCCAGAUGGGGACAUCUUCAUUAUGAUCGGUGACUGGUUUACCCGGAACCAUUCGGCGCUGCGGUCUGUCCUUGACGCUGGAGAAGACCUUGGUAUGCCUGAUGGAGUUCUUAUCAAUGGAAAGGGACCUUACCGAUACAAUACCACUCUUGUACCUGAAGGCAUCCAGUACGAAUCCAUUGGAGUCGAUCCAGGCAAAACAUAUCGACUCCGUGUGCACAAUAUUGGAAUUUCGACUUGUUUAAACUUCAGAAUUCAAAACCAUUUUCUGAUUCUCGCGGAAACAGAAGGACAUUAUACAGUGCAACAAAAUUUUACUGACGUAGAUAUACAUGUUGGGCAAUCUUAUUCCUUUUUGGUCACCAUGAAUCAGAAUGCAAGUUCUGAUUACUACAUCGUUGCAAGUGCUAGGUUUGUGAAUGAAUCACUUUGGCAGAGAGUGACCGGUGUUGCUGUUUUACACUACUCCAAUUCUAAAGGGCCAGCAACCGGUCCUCUCCCCGACCCACCAAAUGACUUUUAUGACAAGUCAAGGCCAGUAAACCAGGCACUAAGCAUCAGGCAAAAUGUAUCUUCAAGUGGAGCUCGCCCUAAUCCACAGGGGUCUUUCCACUACGGUUCAAUUAAUGUGACAGAUACAUAUGUGAUGAAGAUUGUGCCACCAGUAAAGAUCAAUGGGACACUUCGAGCGACACUCAACGGGAUCUCAUUUGUUAAACCUGAGACACCAAUCAGGCUCGCUGACCAGUAUAAAGUGAAGGGAGAGUAUAAGCUUGAUUUUCCCAAUAAGCCACUUAACAGAACCCCCCGGAUAGACACAUCUGUUAUUAAUGCUACUUACAAGGGCUUCAUAGAAGUGGUAUUUCAGAACAAUGACACUGUUGUGCAGAGUAUUCAUAUGGAUGGCUAUUCAUUUUUUAUGGUCGGGAUGGACUUCGGUGAGUGGACAGAAGACAAAAGAGAUAGAUACAACAAGUGGGAUGCAAUUUCUCGCUCCACUACACAGGUUUUCCCUGGUGGUUGGACUGCAGUCCUUGUCUCUCUUGACAAUCCUGGAGCAUGGAACAUUAGAGCAGAAAAUCUUGAUAGAUGGUAUCUAGGCCAAGAAACUUAUAUGAGAAUUGUCAAUCCUGAAGAAAAUGGUGAAACGGAGAUGGCUGCCCCAGGCAAUGUUUUAUACUGCGGUGCCCUUCAACACUUAGCGAAGAAUCAGACCAACUCUGCGGUAUCAAUUGUAAGGGGAAGCUCAAAGUUGUUUUUUAAUCUGCUGGUGGCAUUCUUUCCUCUGAUUACCAUUUUUAGCUAAGAUUCUGCUGCUGCAUUGGUGAGAAGUUCUAUGAAUUCCAGGCGGUGACAGCUUUGUCCUAGCUUUGUUGCAGGUGGGGGAUGUUACUCUUGGGUCUAUUGAAACAUAUUUAGUUUAGGUGCCCAUACUGAGAUUUUUCAGUACAGUAUUUUGUGAGUUGAUUUCCUAUAAAAAUAUAUAUAUAUUUUAUGGUUUCAUUGA